UUAACGACUUAAGGCUCACUGCAUCUACUGUGCACGCAGCUUAACGUGGCAUUACCCUGCGAAAACCAUUAUUGAGAGAGAGAGAGAGAAAGAGAGAGGAAGAGAUAUUUAGCCGCACUCGUGGUACUCUAACCUCAAAGUUGUCAACAUGUUCCACGGUUGUAAGAAGCUCUGUACCAGCGGCCUGAGGUUACCGUCGCGAUGCGCCGGGACGCUGUCGAAGGCGGAGGCGAGGAAGCGCCGGUGUCAGAUGUUCGACGAGGAGAAGCAGAAGCAACGCUCUCAAUUGGGUAGAAUCGAAAAGAUCGAGGUGAAGUACCAGUCGGUGGAGGACGAGGUGGUGUUGGUGAUGAACCGCAACAUCUCCACGCCGCACGACUGCGCCAGGCACAUCUCCGAGAGCAUCGCCAAGAUGUCCGCGAUCGCCUUCGUCGACGGCCAAGUCUGGGACAUGCAUAGGCCGUUCACAGGCAAUUGCGAGCUACAGCUGGUGACCAUGCAGUCCCCGCGAGUGAACGCGAUCAACAACGCCUUCUGGCGGACCUGCUCGAUGAUCCUGGGUGCUGUGGCGGACAACGCGUUCAAGGAUAACUUGGACGUACAUCUGCACAGCUUUCCCUAUCCUGUGAUCCGCUCCGGCAGCUUUGUGUACGACGUCUUCGUCGACCUGCCGAGCUGGCAGCCAACAGAGUCCGAAUUGCGCGCUUUGUCUGCGCUUUUUGUCAAGUUUACAAACCGUGAAUUGCUGUUGGAGAGGCUCGAGGUACAUUACGACAUCGCUCAAGAUAUGUUCCAGGACAACCCGUUCAAGUACCAACAGAUACCCAACAUCGCCAAAGAUAACGAGGACGGCAAGGUGACGUUGUAUCGCUUAGGCGACCACAUAGAUAUCAGCAAAGGGCCCAUGGUGGGCAACAGCGGCCUGGUAGGACGUGUUACCAUAACAGCCGUUCAUCGACAUGUGGACGGGCCCGUGGAUGGCUUGUACCGCUUCCAAGGUCUCGCCCUGCCCAAGGGCAUCAUGCUGAACCACUUCGCUUACAGUAUCCUGGAGAAUCGCGCGAAGAAACUGAACACCGUCACAUGGCAACCGCACAUCGAGCACGAGAUGAUAACUAACGCGACUGCGUCCGCGAACUGAGAAUACUCGAUCCGAGUGAGCUCUCGUGUAAAUAAGUGCACCCUUUAGUUGUCUAAGAAUUACUUUCGGUGUAACUCCACGUUAUUCUUCGUCUCUUGAUCGCGUUCCUGAGACGAGUCGUAAACGCGACCAAGAGUCACCUUUGUAGUUCAAUAAUUAUUACACGUAAUAAAGAAUCAGGGCAUGUUUUUUUACUCAA